AUACCGUUUCCAUGCUUACAAAAUCCAAAAUGGCCAAAUUUUAGCAAAAAUGUGCAUAACAUUAAGUUGCAUACAAAUCAGAGAAGGUCGAUUCAAAUUUAAUAUUUAUUCGCUGUAUCAAAAAUAGUCUACGUUGUUUAUGGACAGCACCCUAAAGAAACAUUUAUAAACUUUUGAAUAAAAAAAUCAUUGGAAGUUAUUUCCGGGACUGACUAAACAUAGAUAAAAUGUUGUGUUAAUCUUUAACUGACUGACGAAUGGAUUCCGUCGCAGAGCUCUGAUUCGGGUUCGCUUUGCUACCAUCGAGAAAAAAAAGGAUAACAUUGAAUGACCAUUACUGGGAAGUCGCGAAUCGAUGUACGUCGGUAACAGCACUUGCCGACCAUCGUGACACCAAUAAAAUUCAAAUUUCGCACAACGUUGGCAUGCUAAUUUGGACAAGGAAUGCAUCGGAAUCCUCGCGCGAAUCUUUCUCAUUGAAAACGGUCAUUGGUAUAUAGAAUACGGUGGAAAACGAUGAGCGACUGGUCCGGUACCGGUAAAUCAAGUUAGAAUUAGCAUUUGUUGAACUUGAAUAUUUCGCCUAUAUUCAAAUGACCUAACCCAAUCCCAACUUGGGACCGCACGCGCUCAGAGUGGCGGCUCAGCAGCGAGGAUGAUUAAUAUUUAAUGAACAUUGCAGCCUUUUUCUGUUACAAGGUUGCACUGCCCGGAGAGGAUCGUAAAAUGAAACUCAUUCCUGUUACUGCUGCUGCUGAUGCUGCUGCUGCUGCUUUUACUGCAAUUGCGAAUCACAUGAUUUAAUGAUCUCACCGAAAAAGUCCCCCGCCCUCUCAUCGAGUCCAAACCGAGCCAUAACGUAAGCGAUGAGAUUUCCAAACGACUUUGUACUACAUUGUUAUCAACGUUCUUUGGGCGGAAUUCCACCUUUAAUGAGUCAAUUCGUAAACUUGAAACCUCUUCAGGAUGUCGUCAACAUCAUCAGCCAAAGUCAACGAAGGUGGUGGAUGAUGCAAGCGAUCGUGUGACUUAAUUUCCUUCCAAAUAUUGACACCUCCACGGUUCCGUCCAAGGGAGUGUUCCGGACCUUUAUCAGCCGUUCGAUAUUUGCACGGCGCUCGGUGUUCACCAAUUUUGAAUCAUAUCUUCCCCGCUACAACGCACUUUUCAACUUUUUGGCUCAGCUAAGUACACUUAUACCAAACCAAACCCGGUGGGUACUUAUUGUGAUAACGAUUGAAUUUGACGGAAAAUCCCCACCCACACUCUUUUCGGUACGCUAUCUACAUCCGGCGGUUUGUCAAUUUUCGCGCAAUAGUGGAAAUAUCGGAACUGCACUUCACGAAGCGGCUCUCCGGACAGACAUUAGUUUUCGAUCGCGCGCGAAACUAUUCGGACGGUACAGGAACCCGGGAUUGAUGAAGUGGUGUAGUGACAUUGUGGAAACUAUUUCGGAAAUUCGGUAAUUUUUUUUUUCUUCAAGUGACUUCGACGAUCGUAGGCGACGAACUCGACAAGAGCUUGUUUACUGAAUAUCAUGUAAGAAAUCGCUACAGUGCCUUAGGUUAUUAAUAAUAUGUGGUGACAUCGUGAACAAGUUAAUGGGAUAAAUAUUUUAGGUUGAACAGUUCAUGAUCGUAGUUCUGCAGACAACCGACAGUGCAGCAGCUUCAGGACAUCGCUGCAGCGUAAAGCAUUUCCAAUGAAUGAACCAAGUCCGGUGUCCGAAGAGAAAGAACCCAAACGGAAGCCCAAAUCUAGUGCAGUGCAAACGAAGCUUUAGUGUGAUCGAAACGAAGAAGAAUAUACCUGUAUAGUGUGCCUUAGAAGUCUGAGAUAAAUCAACGAAUCAUACAAAAUCCAAUACAAAAUGUAUCCACCGAUCUUAGUGUUAGUGUUAGCGUUAGUGACCUUCUCGAAGCAGACGCUCUCGCUGGAGACGCUGCUCCAGCUGGAUGCCACCGACGACGGUGACUUCGAAACCGCUGGAGGUGGUGAUUUUUCUAGUCCACUCUACGACGAAGAAAGCUAUGGUCCGGACCCGGAAGAGGAUCGUAACCUUAACAACUAUCAAGAGCCAGCGAUACUGUUGGACGACGUUUACUACCGAGUAACGCCCGACAGUCAAGAAAGUGAAAAGACUUCAGUUAGCAGCAGCAGUAGCAGCAGCAGUAGUAGUAGUAGUAGUAGUAGUACAAGCAGUACGACUACGGCUACCAAUAGUAUCCAACCAGGAUCGAGUGAAGAACAGCUGUCCGCUACGGAUCGUAGUGCCAGUACGGUGUGGAGCAAUAGUUCCGAAGAUCACAUUCCCGACAGUGAAGACAAAGUUAGUGUCGCCCUGCCGUAUAUCGGUGAAGACCCGCAGGAACCGUCCAACCGUAGUCGUAGCUUGGAUCACGAUACAGCCGAUUCCCUGCAGUCGUCGACGGUACUGGAAACCAGUCUGGCCAGUAAUUUCCUGUACACCAGUAGCAACUACAACGACAGCUACCGUAGUAGCGCGGAUGACAGUGCCGAGAAGACAUCGGACGAUUCGUUGGACAGCAGCGUGGAAGAUGAUCCGCAGUCGCUAGCGACUACGACGGCCAUUUCCCCGCUGGCUAUUCCGGACGAUGUGUCGUCGAUCACACCGACCAAGCCGCACGUUGUUGAGAGCAAAAAAUCCAACACGGAACAGCUGUCGGAGAAGCUCGCAGACAAGAACCUCCGGUUGCCGAUUGCCAUCCUGAUGGAUACCUGCAACGAAUCGCUGAGCUACUCGAAGAAGGUGUUCGACGCGGCCCUCGUACCGAGAAGCCCGCUGGAGGUGAUUCUGAUGCGGUACAAUAACACUGAUAUCGCCAAAUCGACAAGCUUCCGCAACACCAAAUCCCUGAUGGACGCCCUCAACUCGCUCCAGCCGUCGUACGAAAACAGCGGCCGGGCGUACCACGGCAUUCUGCGGACCUCCCAGGAAAUCCCCUACGACAGUGCCAUAUUCCUGGCGACGUCCAACACCGCCACCGAUAAGGAGCUCUCCCGGAUGGCAGCCCUCACGCUGCUCAAAAAGCGUAUUCGGCUCUACGUCAUCUGGUUCGGUGACGAAGUGGACACCAGCCUGUCCGAUCAGCACCUGGACAGCCAGACCGGUUUGCACGAGCUGGCCUACAAAACCGGCGGUGAGGUGAUUCGAUUCGAAAUCGAUCGCCACUUUGGCAACAACCCCGUACUGACCACCCUUGUGUCGGAGAGCGACCUCCGCGGGCACCACAGUAUCCCGAUCCCGGUCGAGGAGGACGUCAACAGUCUGUACUUUAAGCUGCAUGGAGCCCUGGACACGGCAACGCUUCGGACGCCCAAUGGCUACAUCAUUGACCUGCUCCACAACACCGUCUCCCAGGACAUCCACGGCAUCAAUCCACUCCUCUCAAAGCCUUCACCCAUUCCAAAGCCGGCGAUCAUCGCCACGAACCGCACCGACCUACACCACCUCAACCAUUCGCCAGCACCCGCCGUCACCGUUCAGGAUUAUCUCUUCAUAGUCAGCCGGGUUAACACUUCCACGGCCGGAGUCUACUAUCUGAACGUUUCGUCCAAGGACACUGCCCCAUCGGAGAAUGAUAAUGACUCCGAAAAGGAGGAGGCCACCACCGCCAAUUGGUACAGUGUGAUCGUCAAGGCGGACUACAACAUGCGUCAUGGGAUUGAAUUUUUAGAACUCGGCGACCCGGAGCUGGAACGCCGAUACGAUGACCCCAGCAACGAUGUGGACUUUGUACCGACCAGAAGCAGCAGUAGCAGCAGCAGCAAUUCGAAUGAUGCAGGCCGCCACUCACUAUCGGCUCGCAAGCAAACUCGCCAGACGGAAUCGCAAAUCCUGGCGGAGAGUGAGGAAAGCGGCUUCAUUGGACGUGCCUCCUCCAUCCAGGCCAUCACCAAGAUCGAUCUGGGACUGAACUCUCAGCUGACGGGAACGCGCGGAACGACUGUGCAGCUGGUCUUCGAGGUGACCAACUUCCGGCAGACACCGGUGUUCUACUACUUCCGGGUGACGGACGAGUUGGGUUUUCUGCGAUCGCUCAAUCCGGGAUCCGCGACGAUCGGUCCGCUGCAAACGGUCAACGUAGCGGUAACGUUGAUCAUCGGGCUGAACGUGGAGAUCGGUACCAGGGACAAGAUCACCUUUAGCACCGAAGGACCGGAUCGGAUCUCGCACGCUGCAUGGCUGACGGUCACGGAAGCGGCUGGAAUUCCCGACGCCUACAUUCCAUCGGUUUGGUACACCUACACAAGUCGAUGCGAGGGCCGGAAUGAUCCGGGACGGUGUGCCGGUGCCUUCUGGACCGUGGACGUUACGGCAAGGGAUUACGAAACGGGUCUGAUGCGGAUUUCGUCGAAUCCUUCGGGUAUCAUCUACAGGACUCCGUUUACCGCCGGUACCAAGGACGAUGUGAAGGCUACCUACACGGCUUCCUGCUGCCAACCGAUGGUCACCAUCUCGGCGUACGAUGUCACCAGGAACGUCCGGACGAUAAACCUGGACGUCAGGGACAUCUGGCUGAACGAAGCGGGCAUCGCGGCAGUUGUGCUGGCCGUUUUGCUGCUGAUCGCCUUGAUCAUCCUGUUGGUACUGUUGAUACGGUAUUGCAUCAGGAAGCGCCGCUCCAAGGAACUGCCGAUUUACCGAGGAGAGCUGAGGGACACCCGACGGACGUAGAUCCGGGUCGGGAAGUUGCGGGCGGAGCGAAUAUAUGACCUCAAAGAGAAAUGCCAUUGUUGUUAGCGUUUUAAGUUUAAAGUAAAUUAUGUGCAUUUAAGCUAGCAGAUAGAGAACGGUGCCGGUCUAAGUCAAGCAAAACUAAUCAGUAUUUCAGUAAUAGCUGGUAAGGACGAAAGUAUGCCAAAAUGUAGAUUGUAAAUAACAUUUUUUUAUGUGUGAUGCUUUAGUUGAAAUGUAGUUUUCAAAGCUGAGUUGUGAAACGCCAUUCCAUAUCUCCGAAAUCAGUUGUCCGAAUGAGGUGGAAUUUACUGAUGAUUACAGAUCAAGAUGAUCCCAUCAACAUAAUUCCGUUUGGUCAUUAAAAAGUUCAUACACAAUUCCCUGUAUUUUUCCACAAUAAAAUUCUAUUUGAAUACUCAAUUUGUUUUCGAACAGAAUUGAGUAUUGAAAAAAUAUAACAUUUAAUCUCAUCUAAAUGACCGCUCUACCCCAUUUGGCAUAA